AGCAGAUGGAACCACAUUUAGAGCACAGCAACAAACAGACUUCACCAGAUGCGCCCGCGGUCUCCGCCAAGACGUCUCAUUGGAAGUCAUUCACGUGAUCGUCGGCUAUCGACCGGAAGUGGAUAUCCCUGGACUACUGCGGCGCUCGCAUAGCUUUUAUCGGCCCUCAGGCAGGGUCCUGGUAUCUUGGAACAUGGUGUGAAGGGAGAGGAUAUGGACAUCCCGGUUGCUGCGAAUGUACUGGGAGUUCUCGGGGCAGUCUGUUGGUCUGUCCAACUCAUACCGCAAAUUAUCAUCAAUUAUCGCCGGCAUGAUACGACCGGUUUGCAGCCGACUAUGAUGCUGCUGUGGGCUUGCGCAGGUAUCCCACUCGGAGUGUACAACAUUGUCGAGAAUUUCAAUAUAGCCUGGGUCCAAUGCAAGUACUAUGGCAACAAAUGGCCAGUGUCCAAAUGCGCAGCGACUACCUUGCCCGUCGCGGCUGCUAUGGGAGGCAUUGAAUGUGGUCUGGUCUUCGCUCUGAGGAGAGCAAAGCACCACCAUACCGAAUGGCCAAUCACCUUCAUGGCAGUGCUGUCUGCUUGCUUCCUCUGUGCCGGUGUGUUGCGACACUAUUGGGACAUUUACAAGGAAAGGACGGUCCGAGGCAUUUCUUUCAUCUUCGUGGGCAUUGAUGCGAUGGGUGAUUUGACGUCGUUGAUUUCAGUCUUCUUCCAGCCUCAUCUGGAUAUCCUGGGAAUGAUCAUCUAUGGCUCUGAGCUGGUGCUGUGGCUUGGGGUGUUUGCAUGUGGCGGAUACUGUAGGAAACGAUGGUCUCCUGAUUUGAGGGGUGAUGUGCUAAUAUGUUUGACUGACGCACGCGAGGGAAGAGAUAGCCGCGCAGUUCCGGAACAGCUGCAGCGAAGUUUCUCGAGACAAUCGUCGUCAUCAAGCACGGUGUUUCAGACGGCGUCUGGGGAAGGACGGAGACAGAGUGAACAUGGGUCAAUCAGGUUGCGGACAAUGAGAUUCGAUACUGGAACAGAAGCUUGAAGAAUAAAAAACUCUUAGCGAUUAGGAGUGAGUCAAUCCAUAUCUUAAUGUCCAUGAUGAUGCCUGUUGCUGGGGAGCUGUUAGCUCUGAAAUGAUACUCUGAUUAUUUUUUGUUGCCCCGCGUCAUUAGCACCUUUGCGGCCUCGUUCGCAAAGAAAUCCCAUUGGUGGAGAGGAAUGACGUAGCUGUGGAGGGCGAUGGAAUAUCGAAGUUCUUCUCCACCUCAAACGAAAAUGUUAGAAAGGCUUCAAACAACGGCAAAUGGACACAACAAAGUUUGCAAAAUGGAAGGUUGCCGUAGCUUCAAGAUCUGCCUGGGUGACAAGC